AUGUCGGUGUCCUCAGUCGAAGUGGACAAGCCGGUAUUCAGCUACAAUGUCGACUGGAACAGCCCUGAAGACCCUGAAAAACCAAUCAAUUGGCCACGAUGGCGCAAAAGAGGGAUUAUCGUGGCCGUGUGCGCCAUGCGAUUCACCACACCCUUCGCUUCAUCUACGAUGUCUCCUGCUUUGCUAGCGAUCGGAAAGGACUUCCCCGGGACCUCGAACACGCUUCUUAGCUUCACCGUGUCGAUUUAUAUCAUCGGCUUCGGCCUCGGUCCCCUUAUCCUCGCGCCGCUCUCUGAGGUCUACGGCCGGAACGUGAUCUAUCACGUCUCUAACAUCAUGUUCACCCUGUUCACUGCAUGCUGCGGUCUCUCACCGAAUAUUGGAGCGCUCUUGGCAUUCCGCGUCGCUGCUGGCUUCUUCGGUGGCGCGCCCUUGACCAAUGGUGGAGGCACGAUUGCCGAUUUAGUCCCGGCGCAAGAACGCGGAUUCAUCAUGAGUAUUUUCUCCGCGAGUAUGCUCAUUGGCCCGGUGCUGGGCCCUGUUGUCGGCGGAUUUCUCGCGCAGGCCAAGGGCUGGAGGUGGAUCUUCUGGGCCUUGACCAUCCUUAGCGGGUGCACGACGAUUGUGGCGUUUAUCUUCCUCCGCGAAACAUACGGUCCGGUGUUGCUGGAGCGCAAGGCCGCAAGGCUCCGUAAAGAGACUGGGGACUCGCUUUACCAAGUGGAAGGAAAAUCAGCGAAGAGCCUACGCCAGCUGUUACUAGUGGCUGUCACGCGGCCCGUGCGUAUGCUGGUCAACCCAAUUAUCCUGGGAACGUCGCUGUAUAUGGCGGUCAUGUAUGGCAUCAUCUACUUGCUGUUUACUACGUUCUCGAUCGUCUUCCAGAACGAGUACGGAUUCAAAGAGGGUAUUGCUGGUUUAGCUUAUCUCGGGCUCGGAGUUGGAAGUGCGUUGGGUAUGGCGAUCUUUGGUUGCUAUAGUGAUCGCAUUAAUGCUCAAUUGGCUGCGAAGCAUGGAAGUGCAAAACCGGAGUAUCGACUGCCUCCACUAAUACCUAGUGCUCUUGCUAUGCCCAUCGGAUUGGUUCUUUAUGGCUGGACAGCACAGUAUCAUCUUCAUUGGAUUGUUUCAAUUAUCGGCACUGGGUUUUGUGGGUUCAGCUUGAUGGGCUGCUUUGCCGCUAUUCAAACGUACCUUGUCGAUAGCUUUACCAUCUAUGCAUCCAGCGCACUCGCGGCCAAUAGCCUGGUUAGAAGUAUUGCGGGAGGUCUUGUCCCGCUCGGUGGACUGGGUCUUUACGACCGGAUUGGGCUGGGCUGGGGAAACACGCUUCUUGCAUUUUUGUCUAUAUUGUUUGGUUUCUCACCUGUGAUCUUUUAUAAAUAUGGUGAACAGCUCAGACAAAGUCGAAUUGGCAUGGAAUAG